AAGUAAUUACAUAUUGUCUUGCUGUGUUCCUAAAUUUCAGUACAAUGAGUGAUUAUUAUUUUAACAAAUGGAAGGAAGUGCUGAUAGAACUAGAAAAACAUGUUAAACUUGACUUGGAUUAUCAGGAAACGAAAGUACAUGAUCAAAAAUGCUGCGAGGCGGUCCAGCGCUUGGGCUGUGUGCUGUCCAAAUACCUGUUACUCUACAACAGCAGCGUGGACUGCUUGCAGCAGAGCUUGCAGGUGCAGAAGACUGAGUACAUACAGAAUGUAGUCAAUGCAAUCACAGCUAGAAUAUUGGAACUUAAGCAUCAACUUCGAAAACUUGAAGGCUAUUAUUAUCAGUACUUUGGCAAUGGAUUAAUUCAACAUGGACUCACCUUUGAUGACGCGGACCCUAAAGAUAUCCCUAGUAAAAUUACAAGAUCUGAGCAAGUCCAGGCUGUGAUCGAUGAAGUUCUAUUGAGAGCUAAGAUGGAGAAAGAAGUAUGUUUAAAAGAAGUCGUUGAAGUAGAAAAAGUCUCGUCUGAAACGAACUCGUUUUUACGCUUCUGGGAAAGUGACAAUGAAAGUGACGAGGUUGAAAAAGAUACAUCUGAAAUCGUUCCCCAACUUUCUGAAGAAAGUCUCAAACGAAUGGAAAUGAUAAAACUAAUUCAAGCGCAUGAGCGCUCCCGUCAAUUUAUACGAUGGGACACAAGAAGGAAAUUUAAAAGAGAGAAAUGGGAAAAAGAUUUAAAUGGCACAGCAAAACCACAAGCAACAUUUGAAAUUAAGGAAAGAGCUGCAGCACUCAUUAAAAAAGUUUUCAGAAUGUAUUUCGAAAUAAAAAGACAUCGAGUUAGACAAUGUAAAAUUGAUGAGAUGAUUGAUAUUAAUAUCUGCACCAAACCAAAUUAUGAGGAGAAAUCAAAGUAUCUAACGGUUAAAGAUCAACGCAUUGAUAAACAAAAGCAAUACAAAGAAGAGAAUUUAUCUAAAAUAAAAACAAUGGAAACAAACUACUUGAAACAAACAGACAACAACACUGCCGAUGAAUAUAGAGACUUUAUCAGAGACUGGUUUAAAAAAUGGUAUGUAGACGUAAAGUUUUUCUAUGAUAUACCAAAAGAAGAAUUUGGUGGAUCUUCCUUGAUUAUCAAAGAAAUGGUACCUACCCCAUCCGAAUGGUUAGAAGAAUACGAAGCAUAUUUACAAGAAAAAAAAUCAAAUAAAAAUAAAACAAGUGCUCAGGUAUUUAAAAAAAGUUUGAAAAACAAGAAGCAAAAAAGGAAGAACUUAAACUAA